AUGCCACACGCUGUCGAGUUCAACCUCAUCGAAGUCAAAGAACUUCACCCGACCUUUGGUGCUGAGGUGUCUGGCGUCGACUUUUCUCGUCCCGUGCCCGAAGAUGUCUUUCAGGAACUGUGGCAAGCCGUUAACAAGUAUGGCGUGUUGGUCUUUCGCCAUGCCAAAUUGAACGAUGAACUGCACAUCCAGUUUUCAGAAAGGCUCGGGGAACUGGACGAUGUCCUCCCCCACAUCCAAGCAGGCCGCCCGUUUCGGUUCAAGCACAAGGAAUUGUUCGAUGUGGGCAAUAUCGAGGAAGACAACAGUUUAGUGAAACCAGGAAGUCACCGUUGGUAUUAUGGCAAGGGCAAUAAUCUGUUCCAUCACGAUUCCUCCUUCAACCCACGGAGGGCGGGACUUUCUCUACUGCGUGCCCACGAAAUCCCCCCUCCGGGCCAGGGUCUGGGAGGCAACACCGACUUCGCUGACUGCCGCGCCGCAUACGACGAUCUUCCCGAAGACCUGAAGAAGCAGCUAGAUGAAAACGACUAUGUGGUGUGCCACUCCCUGUUGCAUUCGCGCAGAAAAGCCGCCCCAGAGUACUUCACCGACGUCAACCCGGACAAGGGAUACUACUCGCGCCACAAGAUUGUGCAGACGCACGAGCGCUCGGGCCGCAAGACCUUGUACAUCGGGAACCAUAUGCACCACGUCGAGGGCCUGCCGGAGAAGGAAAGUACCGAGCUCAUUAACAGGAUACUGGAGCAUGCCUGUCAGGAUAAGUAUGUAUUGUCGGUCGAGUGGCAGAACCCGGGCGACUUGAUCCUGUGGGACAACACGUCCGUCAUGCAUCGGGCCCAUGGCGGUGCGUACGAGGGCAAGUACCGCAGGGAUAUGAGACGGACGACGGUCCACGACGAUUCGAGCUAUGCUUGGGGAUUGAACGAGAAGACGAGCAUGAGAGUUGGAUUGCCGUAG